UAGUAUCUCAAGUGCACGCGAUGGAAUCGCCGAACUAUGUAUCGGCUUCGCACGAGCUGGACUCGUUUCAAAGGCAAGUUGCCGACAGAUUUCAUGACUUAUCUUCUGUGCCUUCCGAUGAUUUGCUUUCUCUUCAUUCGCUUCGAAAGUUGCUCGACGUUUUCCUUAGUUGUCAAGAGGAAUUUCGGGUCAUCCUUUUUAACAACAAAGCUCAACUGACCAAACCUCCCCUGGACCGUUUGAUUGCCGAAUUUUAGUAGCGUAGUGUUAAGGCCCUUGAUGUUUGUAAUGAGGUUCGAGAUGGAAUAGAACAGAUCAGGCAAUGGCAGAAGAUGUUAGAAAUUGUGCUUUUCGCUUUGGGUGAUGGUAAUCUUAAUAAUAACGGUGGUGAAAGCUGCUUUCGGAGAAGUCUAGGAGAAGGGCAAAUUCGUCGCGCAAAAAAGGCGUUGAUAGAUUUAGCCAUUUUGAUGCUUGACGAGACAGAUUCCGGUCAAGCUUUGGCUUAUCGGAAUCGUUCCUUUGGAAGAAACAAUCACGGCAGCAGUCACUCCAAGGAUUAUCCUCAUCGUUCUUUGGGUCAUUUCAGGUCGUUGUCUUGGAGUGUUUCAAGGUCUUGGUCUGCGGCUAGGCAGCUCCAGGCCAUAGGGAACAACUUGACUGUGCCACGAGGGAAUGAGGUUGUGGCUACCAAUGGACUUGCAAUUCCUGUUUACACAAUGAGCUGUGUUCUGUUGUCUGUAAUGUGGGCGUUGGUGGCUGCAAUUCCAUGCCAGGAUCGCGGUUUACAAAUAAUUAUUCAUCCUAAAAGUUCUUGUGAACUGUUGAGGGAGAUUUAUCAAGUUGAGAAGUGUUCGCGAUUGUUGGGUGAACUUGUCGACUCUGUUCAGUUUCUGUUGAGCAAGGAGACGGAAGUGGAGGUUAGGCAGAGAGCGAAGGAAUUGAGCAACUUUUGCGAAGCAAUGAAGGAAGGUUUAGAACCAUUGGAAAGGCAAGUUAGGGAGGUGUUUCAUAGGAUCGUUCGGAGCCGAACUGAUGGUCUUGACUCUUUUGGAAGGGGACACAAUCCCGAAUAAAACACUGUUGGUGGGUCGGGUUUGGUUUAAAUUUUAAGUGUCAAAUGUGCAACUUCCAAA